GACCCUUCACUUUGUCCAUCUAUCUGUCUAUCUACUAGAGAGGGAGAGGGAGAGGGAGAGGGAGAGAGAGAGAGUUGCAGAACUCUGUUUGAAUCCAAAGUUGUUCUCUUUCUUUCCACUUUAUCAUGUUUCAGAGGUUUUGUCCAAGGGAUCUCCAUCGUUAAUCUUAGAGAGAGAAACAAGAAGAAGAAGAAGAAGAAGAAGAAGAAGAAGAAGAAGAAGAAGAAGAAGAAGAAGAAGAAGAAGAAGACAGAGUGGGUUUUCUGUGGAGAGAGAGAGAGAGAGAGAUGGCAGAUGGGCUUCUAGGUAUCUCAUAAGAUUCUACUACCAAAGAGAGAAUAAAUCCGGUCUUCUGGGUAUCGAGGGUCUUGAAGAACAGCGAAGGAAGAUGGGCGGUGGAAGCAACAGCAUGGACAACGGGAAAUACGUCAGAUACACACCGGAGCAAGUCGAAGCUCUCGAGAGACUCUACAACGACUGUCCUAAGCCGAGCUCUAUGCGACGCCAACAGCUCAUCCGUGAGUGUCCGAUUCUCUCCAACAUCGAACCUAAGCAGAUCAAAGUCUGGUUUCAGAACCGAAGGUGCAGGGAGAAACAGCGGAAAGAGGCGUCGCGUCUUCAAGCGGUGAACAGGAAACUAACGGCGAUGAAUAAACUUCUGAUGGAAGAGAACGACCGUUUGCAGAAGCAAGUCUCUCAGCUCGUCUACGAGAACAGCUAUUUCCGCCAACACACCCAAAACGCGAAUUUAGCCACCACGGACACGAGCUGUGAGUCGGUGGUCACGAGCGGUCAGCACCACCUUACGCCUCAGCAUCCACCACGAGACGCCAGCCCUGCAGGGCUGUUGUCCAUUGCAGAGGAGACAUUAACAGAGUUUCUUUCGAAGGCCACAGGGACCGCCGUGGAGUGGGUCCAAAUGCCUGGGAUGAAGCCUGGUCCGGAUUCCAUAGGAAUCGUUGCUAUUUCUCACGGAUGCUCGGGAAUCGCAGCCCGUGCUUGCGGCCUUGUAGGACUCGAUCCAACGAGGGUUGCCGAGAUCCUUAAAGAUCGACCUUCGUGGUUACGAGACUGCAGAUCUCUCGAUAUCAUUAACGUUCUCUCCACCGCCAAUGGUGGAACCAUCGAACUCAUCUACAUGCAGCUUUACGCUCCGACAACGUUAGCACCAGCUCGAGACUUCUGGAUGAUGCGUUACACUUCUGUCAUGGAGGAUGGGAGCCUUGUGAUAUGCGAAAGGUCGUUGAAUAAUACACAGAACGGUCCAAGUAUGCCACCAUCUCCACACUUCGUAAGGGCAGAGAUUUUGCCCAGUGGGUAUCUCAUUAGGCCUUGCGAAGGAGGUGGUUCCAUUCUUCACGUCGUCGAUCAUUUGGAUCUUGAGCCAUGGAGUGUGCCUGAAGUUCUGCGAUCUCUUUACGAGUCAUCAGCAUUGCUUGCUCAAAGAACUACAAUGGCCGCUCUUCGGUAUUUGAGGCAAAUCUCUCAAGAAAUUUCUCAGCCUAACGUUACCGGAUGGGGAAGAAGACCUGCAGCUCUGAGAGCACUCAGCCAAAGACUCAGCAAGGGAUUCAAUGAAGCAGUGAAUGGAUUCAGCGAUGAGGGAUGGUCGAUGAUAGAGAGCGAUGGGAUCGAUGAUGUGACCGUUCUUGUGAACUCUUCGCCCGGAAAGAUGAUGAGCUCUAAUCUCCCCUUCUCCAAUGGCGGUUUCCAAUCUAUGCCUAACGCUGUUUUAUGUGCCAAAGCUUCCAUGUUGUUACAGAACGUUCCUCCGGCGAUACUCCUCAGGUUCUUGAGAGAACACAGGCAAGAAUGGGCUGACAAUAGCAUCGACGUGUAUUCUGCGGCAGCCAUUAGAGCAGGGCCUUGCAGCAUACCGAUCCCUCGUCCCGGGAGCUUCGGUGGUCAAGUGAUUCUCCCUCUCGCUCAAACCAUCGAGAACGAAGAGUUCAUGGAAGUCAUAAAGCUCGAAGGGUUGGGGCAUUACCAAGAUGAUAUGAUCAUGCCCGCUGAUAUUUUCCUCCUGCAAAUGUGCAAUGGAGUCGACGAGAACGCUAUUGGAACCUGCGCCGAGCUAAUAUUCGCCCCUAUCGACGCCUCUUUCUCAGACGAUGCGCCAAUAAUUCCUUCAGGCUUCCGAAUCAUUCCAGUAGAUUCUAAAUCGGAGGGAUCGAGUCCAAACCGAACAUUAGACCUAGCCUCGGCUCUAGAGGUGGGAGGGCCGGGAAACAGAGGGGCCGGAGAUUCUUGUGGGACUAGGGGAAGCACAAAGUCGGUUAUGACAAUCGCAUUUCAGCUCGCCUUUGAGGUGCAUCUGCAAGAUAGUAUCGCCUCGAUGGCGAGACAAUACGUGAGAAGCGUGAUAGCGUCGGUUCAACGUGUAGCCCUCGCGCUAUCUCCUUCCCAUUUGGGACUCCCCGCUCCUCCAGCUUCCCCCGAGGCUCUCACCCUCUCCCGCUGGAUUUGCCAGUCUUACAGAUGCUACCUCGGUGUAGAGCUCUUGAAAACUCAAGGGACUGAUAUUCUCAAGUCUUUGUGGAAUCACACCGACGCUAUCAUGUGCUGCUCCUUGAAGGCCUUACCGGUAUUCACGUUCGCAAACCAAGCCGGUUUAGAUAUGCUCGAGACGACGCUGGUGGCGCUUCAAGAUAUAACUUUGGAGAAGAUCUUUGACGACAGUGGGAGGAAGACGUUGUGCUCUGAGUUUCCUCAGGUCAUGCAACAGGGAUUCAUGUGUUUACAAGGAGGGAUAUGCAUGUCGAGCAUGGGAAGACCGGUUACGUACGAGAAGGCCGUUGCAUGGAAAGUGUUGAACGACGACGAAGAACCUCACUGCAUCUCCUUCGUCUUCGUUAAUUGGUCUUUCAUUUGAUUAUUAUUAUUAUUAUUAUUAUUGUCAUUAGUCCUAAUUAAACACCUUUUUUUGUUUUUAUAAAUUUACACUCCUAAUUAAAAUUUUGUUUUUAUUUAUAUAUAAACACACUCCGAAAAAUGGGUGUCUAAUAUCCUCUAGAACUAUUUUAUCCUCUUCUUGUCUUU